AUGUCGACUCUUAAUGAGAUUAUUGCAGCAGGUAAAGAACUUGGCUACACUGGAGAGGAGCUACGGAGGUUUCUAAAGGAGACACAGGAUCGUGCUAGAGAUGAACGGGAUGCGGAACGGAAGUUCCGGAAAGCGGAGAUUGAAGCUGAACAAGCGGAGAAAGAAGGUGAAAGAGCAUUUAAGAUGGAGGCCGAGCAUGCCAGACUUGAGGCUGAGAGAGAGGCAAGGGCAGAUGAAAGAGCCGAGAGAGAGCACAAGCGUAAGUUAGAGUUACACGAGGCAGGUAUUGCAGAUGACACUAGUUAUACUCAUGGGAGCUCAACAGUUGCGCCUAAGGGUCCAAAGCUACCGGCUUUUGAAGAAGGGAAAGAUAGUAUGGAUGCGUAUAUCCAGCGUUUUGAGGUGUAUGCCACUGCUCAGAGGUGGAAGAGAGACCAAUGGGGGACUAACUUAAGUGCCUUGCUUAAGGGGAAAGCAUUGGAUGUGUUUUCAAGGUUACCUGUGUCCCAAGCCUUGAACUUUGAGGAUCUGAAGAAGGCCUUGUUACAAAGAUUUCAGAAGACAGAAGCAGGUUUCCGGAAGAGUUUUAGGAACAGUAGACCAGAGGGAGGCGAGACCUUUACCCAGUUUGCCAAGAGGUUGGAAAGUUAUCUAGACAGGUGGAUGGAUAUGACAGGAACUGCCAAAACGUAUGACAGCUUGAAGGACCUGAUGAUACGAGACCAGUUUAUAUGCGGAUGUAAUCAGGAUUUGUCUUUGUUUCUAAAGGAAAGGACUCCAUCGUCGAUACAGGAUAUGGCGAAGUUGGCUGAUCAAUAUGUGGAAGCCAGAGGAGCACCGGCAAGUUCCCUUUCAUUAAAGAAUGCGAAAACGACAGGUAGUGGGAAAUCAGCUGCUGGAGGGGGAGGUAGCACUACCGAGACGGGAAGGAGGAGCUCCACCCCUGUGACUGAGAAGCGAUGCUAUUCCUGUGGAAAACUUGGACAUCUCUCCUUCGACUGUCGUAACAAGAAGUCUGGAAACAAGGUGGCGUCCGUUACAGAAGCUAGCGUUGGCGAUAACAAGUUGCAAUAUACCAGAAGAGACAAGAAGAAAGAUGUACCUAAGAGGAGGAAAAGAGGCCCAGCUGGUCAAGGUAAUGACGGUACGGAGCUUAGCUUGUCGUGUGACAUGAAGAUACCCUAUUCAACAGAGAUGCCGGUAGUAACGGGACGUAUCGGGGUACGCCUUGUCAAGGUAUUGAGAGACACCGGGUGCAGUGGUGUUGUUGUUCGGCGAAGUUUGGUUGAACCUUUACAGAUAACAGACCGCACAAAGACUUGUACUUUGGCUGAUGGCUCGAAGCUGAAUGUGCCAAUUGCAGAGUUGGAGGUGGAUACGCCGUACCUGAGAGGCACUAUAGAAGCCUGGGUACUCGAUACGCCGUUAUAUGACCUGAUAGUAGGUAACGUCGUUGGGGCCAAACCCCCGGACCAACCUAAUAAAAGUUGGACUGAGGAAGAUACUACUCUACAAGCAGUUGAGACCAGACAACAGAAGAAAACGAAGGGGAAUUACAGACCACUGAAGGUUCCGGAAAUGCUUAGAGACAUUGGAAGUUUAGAUGAACUGAAGGCGGAACAGGAGAGUGAUGCUACGUUGGGAAAAUUCAGGAAGCUGACAGAGAAGUCAGAAGUUUUUGAACGAGGUGGAGGGGGACACUCGAAGAUAUAUUACCAUAAGGGCAUUUUGUACAGGAAGUUCUACAGUCCGAGAACAGCGAAUGGUAAGGUCUUUCGUCAACUGGUAGUUCCAGAGAAGUUUAGGCAGACAGUUUUGAAGCUGGCCCAUGAGUCUAUCAUGGCGGGACAUCUUGCAGCCAAACGGACAGCUAGUAGGAUUUUAUCUGAAUUUUAUUGGCCGGGAGUCCAGGCAGACGUCACCCGCUUUUGUAGGUCAUGCGAUGCAUGUCAGAGGACCUUUCCCAAAGGAAGAGUUGCAAAGGCGCCACUUGGAAGUAUGCCACUCGUCGAAACCCCAUUCAAGCGAGUUGCUGUGGACAUUGUCGGACCAUUGGAUCCUGCCACUGAUAAAGGUAAUCGUUAUAUUCUUACGGUCGUCGAUUAUGCUACGAGAUAUCCGGAAGCAGUCGCUCUUCGCGGAAUUGAGACAGAACGUGUAGCGGAGGCUCUGGUAGACAUAUUCAGCCGAGUAGGUGUCCCAGCUGAAAUGUUAACGGACCAGGGUGCCCAAUUUACUUCAGAGUUGAUGAAGGAGGUGAGCAGACUUCUAUCUAUAAGGCAGUUGACAACUACGCCUUACCACCCAAUGUGUAAUGGGCUGGUCGAGAAGUUCAAUGGCACUUUGAAGCAAAUGUUGAGGCGCAUGAGCACUGAGAGGCCGAAGGACUGGGACCGUUUCAUCAACGCCCUACUCUUUGCAUAUAGAGAGGUUCCCCAGGAGAGCCUAGGGUUUUCCCCAUUUGAGAUGCUAUAUGGACGAACAGUUCGGGGACCCAUGAUGAUCCUACGUGAGCUAUGGAGUAAGGAUUUGCCUGAUGAUGAAGUCAAAACGACCUAUCAGUACGUCAUGGAUUUAAGGGAGAAAUUGGAGAAGACCUGCGAGGUUGCGAUGGACAAUCUUCGAGAGGCGAGGACACGACAGAGGAAGCAGUUCAACAAACGGGCCAAGCAACGAGACUUGAAACCGGGGGAUAAGGUACUGGUACUGCUGCCGACCAAGGCAAACAAGUUGCUACUUCAGUGGAGGGGGCCUUAUGAUGUUGUUGAGAAAGUUGGACCUACCGAUUAUAGGGUCAACCGAGAAGGCAAGAUAAAAGUCCUUCACAUUAAUCUGCUUAGGAAGUACGUCGAACCAAAGCAUGGGAGUGACCUAGGAGGAUUUCUAGCUUGCGUAAUGACGGCUGUGUUGGACGAGAGUGACCAAGGAGAUGAUAUAAAUCAUGACAGAAUUUUAGAAGCUUUACCAGGUGACCGGGGAAAUGAAACUCAAGAUGAUGUUGUUGUGUGUCAAGAUCUCACAAAGGACCAGAGUAGAGAUGUGCAAUGCCUCAUCCAGGAGUUCAAGGAUGUACUGACAGAUGUCCCUGGGAGCACCAGCUUGAUUGAACACGAGAUCCAUACCACUACAUCGGAUCCAGUACGGGUUAAGUCUUAUCCUUUGCCCUACACUACAAAGGAGGUCAUCAACGAAGAAGUUGGAAAGAUGUUGGAGAUGAGGGUCAUCGAACCAUCAACUUCACCUUAUUCUUCACCCGUAGUGAUGGUAAAGAAGAAAGAUGGAUCCAACAGAUUCUGCAUAGACUUCCGUGGGCUCAACCGUGUGACUAUUUUUGAUGCUGAACCAAUGCCUAAUACAGAGGACAUUUUCGCCCGUCUAGGAAACGCCAGGUAUUUUUCCAAGUUAGACCUCAGCAAAGGUUAUUGGCAAGUUCCAUUAUCAGCUGACGCCAAGGAGAUGACGGCUUUCACCACACCCCGGGGAUUAUUCCAGUUUCGGGUAAUGCCCUUUGGACUUGUCAAUGCGCCCGCGACUUUCAGUCGUUUGAUGAGGAAAUUGCUUCGGGGAAUGGACCAUCUGGAUAACUUCAUUGAUGAUAUCAUCAUAUACACUGACACCUGGGAGAAACACAUGGACGUUUUGAGUGAGUUAUUUUCCCGGUUGAGGAACGCGGGACUUACUGCAAGACCGACAAAGUGCUCUAUAGCAUUUGGGAGUUUGUCAUGUUUGGGACAUGUGGUCGGGGAAAGGAGAAUUCAACUGGAGGACGACAAAGUGCAGGCGAUCGCUAGCGCGCCGAGACCGGAGACCAAGAAACAGGUCAGAUCAUUUCUUGGGUUGGCUGGUUUCUAUCGGCGAUUUAUUCCAAACUUUGCCGCUAUUGCAGUACCACUUACUGACCUGACGAAGAAGGGCGCACCAAAUAAAGUGGAAUGGUUGGAAAGCCAUGAGCGAGCCUAUGCCACUUUAAAGAAACUUUUGACGGCGAGGCCAGUUCUGAAACUGCCAAAUUUGGAGCAGGAUUUUAUCCUAAGAACUGAUGCGUCCGACACCGGACUAGGGGCGGUGCUGCUACAGGAAGAGGAGGGACAGAAGAUGCCUAUCGCGUAUGCCAGUCGGAAGCUUCUUCCUAGGGAACGGAACUACGCGGUCAUCGAGAAGGAGUGCCUCGGGAUCGUAUGGGGAAUACAGAAGUUCGAGUCGUACAUAUACGGAAGAGAAUUCCUACUCGAGACUGAUCACCAGCCAUUGUCCUACCUGAACAAGUCGAAGACAGCCAAUGCGAGACUUAUGAGGUGGGCGUUGUUACUCCAGCCAUAUAGAUUCCGAAUACGCGCCAUAAAGGGUUCGGAUAAUGUGGGAGCGGACUAUUUGAGCAGGAUAUAG